AUGGCUCUUUCUCAGCGACUAUUUUCUGAAGCUUUCCGCGACAUGCAACGUGCCUUCUCAAUGUUCGACGAACCCAUCUUCAAUGUGGCUCGACGAUCCGCUUACGCUCCGCUAAUGCGGUAUCCAGCAACGGAUAUCCGAGAAACUCCUGAAGCUUAUGAACUACAUGCUGAAUUACCUGGUGUGAAGAAGCAAGACAUCGAAAUCGAAAUGGCCGAUGAGCACACCUUGGUCCUGCGUGGCAAGAUUGACCAGCAUAAGGCCGAAUCGUCCGAACCCACAACCGAGGCAACAGCGUCCGCCACAUCCGCCACUUCCGAAACUUCCGCAGCAUCAGCAACCGCAACCGCAACGGAAGGUACAUCUGGAGCAAAUGUGCCUGCAAAGGCAACGACAUCUACCGAGGUAGCCCACCCUCAGCAACAAUGGUGGACCAAUGAACGUGUGACCGGUUCCUUCCAAAGGGCAUUCACUUUACCCUCUCGUAUCCAAGCGGAUGCUAUCAAAGCCAAAUACGAAGAUGGUGUUCUCAAGGUGACCGUCCCUAAACGACAAGAAGAUAUCCAAAAGGCAGUCCGUAUUCCUGUAGACAUUUUAACUGAGGGCAACAAAGAAUUUUACGAAGAGGCUGCUUAUCAUGUCACCGUUGCUAUUGGCGUUGGUCAAGUGCAAGAGGAAAGAAGGUUAUGUGUCACUUUGUGUGACAAAGCGUGUUUGAGUGACGAUACACAAAAAGAUUGA